AUGCCGCAAAUUAUUAAUGGGUGCGUGAAAAAUCCAACAAGGGGUUGCAAUAUCGAAGAAAAUCGCAAGGUGAACUGCAGCGGUCCCAACUUGCUUGGCGAAACCUCCUUACUUGCUGGUAGAGAUAUGAACCCAAGAGUAAAAAAGAAAAGAUCUUCGAAAAAAAAAUCGCAAAAGUGUUUCUGCAGGAAUUUGUGCAAAUUUGGAACUGCGGGGGGCACAUGCAAUUUGAAGUGUGAAGAGUUAACCCUGGAAGAAGAGCUUAACUCAAAGUUACACAUACAACCAUGGGAGUCUAUCUCUUUGUCCCGUCUCCAAUACAGGAGCACCUACCAUAGCCUUGACUUUUUCAGGAAACCACCUCGUACAGCCAGGCGCAACCCAGGAUCAUAACGUUAAAUUUUUACGCCAAAAAUGUAAAUAUAAAAAAAAUAAAUCAAAAAAACUUUUUAUU